UUCUCUCUCUCAACCUAAAUAUCGCUGUCCAAUUCAGUCUCCGCACCCAUCACCUCAUCUUUCUAAAGACCUGUCAUAACCAUGAGAGUAAGAGCCAGACCAUAACCCACACCCCCAUAAAUUGGUGCAAAAGGAUCCUCAAACCCAAAAUGCAUGCAUGAUACAAUUUUUACAACUCCAAAACCAUGGCCUUCCCAUCUUCUCAUGGUUUCAUGUUCCAAACUCAUGAAGAUCAAGAUCACCUCCCUUCCUCUAACACCUUUCCUUCAUGUCCUCCUCAACACUACCAUGGUGCUGUGCCAUUCUUGAUGAAGAGAUCUAUGUCAUUUUCAGGUGUAGACAAUAAUAAGUGUGAAGAAGUAGUGCAUGGAGAUGAUGAGCUUUCUGAUGACGGAUCACAGCUUGGAGAGAAGAAGAAGAGGCUGAAUUUAGAACAAGUGAAGGCACUUGAGAAGAGCUUUGAGAUUGGAAACAAGCUUGAGCCUGAGAGGAAAAUGCAACUGGCUAAGGCUUUGGGGCUGCAACCAAGACAGAUUGCCAUUUGGUUCCAAAACAGGAGGGCAAGGUGGAAGACCAAGCAAUUGGAGAAAGACUAUGAGGUCUUGAAGAAACAGUUUGAAGCACUCAAGGCUGACAAUGAUAGCCUUCAGUCCCAGAACAAGAAACUUACUGCUGAGUUGUUGGCUCUAAAAAAUAGAGACAAAAAUGAAGUUGGGGUUAAAUGCAUCAAGAAAGAAGCUGAGGGUUCUUGGAGCAAUGGAAGUGAGAAUAGUUGUGAUAUCAAUUUGGAUAUUUCAAGAACACCAGUAAUGAACAGUCCAGUAUCUUCACAGUUAAGCAGUCACCACCUAUUCCCUUCAUCCCUUAGGCCUACAAGCAUGACCCAACUCCUCCAAGGCUCAUCAAGACCAGAUCUCCAAUCCUUAAAAAUUGACCACAUGGCUCAAGAUGAAAGCUUCUGCAACAUGUUUACUGGCAUUGAAGAACAACAUAACUUUUGGCCAUGGCCCUAGAAAGCUAGUAGCACUAUUUCCAUUGAAGUAAAAUUCAAUUCUCAAACAAAGUAAUACACAAUUUACUUGUUCAUCUAUGAGUUGGGUGUUUGAAUUCAUAUUUUGGCACAGUAAAUUGGUGUAUAGAUUUAAACAUAUCUAGCUAGCUGCUCAGUUGGGCUAGAAAUCAGUAUGGGAAAUUGAUUAUACUGUGGAAAUUACAUACUUUCUUGCCCAUCAGUCGGUGAAAUGUGAUAUAUAUGCUAGGCUGAAUCAUACUCUCUUUUGUUUAAUUAUUAAUUCUUAGUUAAGGAACAUGUGCUACUGAGUGGGUUUCCAGCUCUGGCAUGUAACAUGGGCUAUGAAAUAAAAUUGGAUUCUCUCUUUGCAAUUUCCAA